AUGAUGUCCAAAAAACAAUUGGCCUGCAUGCUGGCCCUCCAUAUAGUGUACCUCCUGGUCGGUGCGAGUAUUUUCUACCACAUCGAGAGUCCCGUAGAGGUGGCGCAAAGGGCCGAAGAAAAACUGGAAAGACUUGAAAUCCAAAAUCUUCUUUACGAGAAUUACAUUCCCAACGAUCCAGUGAAGCAAGACAGCAUACUCCGAAAGUUAUCUGACUACUGCGGCAAAUCGAUGUUCAACUACACAACGGAAGAUGAGGAACCGCCCUUCAAAUGGGACUUCUACCACUCAUUUUUUUUCUCUUAUACUGUAGUCAGUACUAUUGGUUAUGGUAAUCUGGCACCAACCACCCAUUUAUCCCGCAUUUUGAUGAUAUUCUACGGAUUGUUCGGUAUCCCUAUCAACGGUAUCCUCCUUGCAAAUCUUGGUGAAUAUUUUGGACUACAGCUCAUAUCGACAUAUAGGAAGUACAAAAAACGAAAUGAGAAACGCGCCGAUAAUUUAGACUACUUCUUUAACAACCUAGGCAUGUUGGGCCAAAUCAUGCUGUACCUUAUUCCCGGAUUCCUUUUUUUCAUAUUUUUGCCAGCUUGCAUCUUCGUCGUGUUUGAAGGCUGGGACUAUGUUGCUGCCAUAUAUUACGCAUUCGUCACCCUUACAACGAUAGGGUUUGGUGAUUUAGUGGCAGGAACCAUCAAUAAUGGGUUUAAGUAUGGUUACUUCUUCACAUACCAGAUAUUCUUAAUCGUGUGGAUUACCUUUGGCUUGGGUUACAUUGUAAUGUUACUCGGCUUUAUUACCAGUGGCAUGAGGUCUGAGCGAGUUCAUAGAUUGGAACACAAACUAGCAAACCAAUUGAAAACAACUCAAAACAAAAUAUUCCAAGGGUUUACAAAAGAUAUUGCAAUAAUACGGAAGAUCAUUAACGAGGCAAAUUUACUAAAGCUUAAACCAGUGUAUGUGGAGGCUGCGCCCUACCUUCAUAGAAGUGCUAGUUGUCCUAUUUUGACGUUUGAUAUUGAACCGAGAGGAACUGUUGAGAAAAGGAAAAGAGCGAAUUCUGAAAAUAUUACACUAUCUGCUAAAGAUAUGCUACGUAUUCAGUCAGAUACUGAUUUACUAGGAAUUGACAAAGAAAAAACAUUUACAGCGUCUGCUAUAGUGAAACCAGCGGAACUGUUAGCGAGAGUUGUAAAUGUAUUAGGUGACGUACAAAGUUAUAGAAGAGCUACCGAAGCAGGUCUAAGAAGUCAGUUCUCUAGUGAUUUAAAUGAAUAUAAAAAUAUGACUAGACGCGGUCGUCCUAGUUUAUUCGACCCCGAUUUGGAUCUAUCUAGCCUACCAGAAUCGGCUCAAAUCGAAGUACUGGAGCAGACAAGUGUUGCUGACUUACUUCGAGCUUUGGCAGCUUUGGAGACUGCUUCACAAGUAGCGAAUAAUACAACUGAACUAUCCAGCGUGUCCGAUAAUGGAAACUAUAGAAGGCGAGGUUCUCUAAGACCCGAUUUCUCUUUACCACCACUGCCUAACCGAACAGAAACCGACGAAGCUACAGGGCCAAGGCGAAGAAGAGUUUCUGCUAGAGCCGCUGCACCACAAUUUACUCCAACCUUAGCAACAGUUGUUGCCGGAGCCGAGUUACAAAUCACGGCGACAGCUGCGCGAGAAAACAGAAUGACCAUGUUAAAUCAACCACCACCUCCUUAUUCUGAAAACACUCCAGAUGAGGAGCCGCAACAACCUAAGGCAAGGAGGUAUUCGCCUGCUCCAAAUGAUCUUAGUAGAUCUACCGGUCCUGUACCAAGACUAUUCUCACGUAUACGAAAAGAGAGUGGCUCAAGCCCAGAAUCUAGUUCCAGGCGAGGAAGCUUAACAGAUAUUGUCAUAGAUAGUAGCAAAAAAGAUACAUCG